UUUAUGGUUCUCCAUUGAGGCUCCUUCUGAUAUUUCUACCUUUCAUUGAAGCUACUACUAAGGUAAUAUUAUGGUUUCUUUUUAUAAUUAUAUCGAAUAUCAAUUUUACAAUCUACUUUAGGGAUGACCGAUGAUUGAUUUUCAGUAUACUCAAUUUAGGUCCUUUUAAAAUCGAUUAUCUAUUGAACUAUGGUUUGUAAUUACUAAAGUCGGUAUUGUUUCUAGAGAAAAACAAAAAAGCUGAACGAAGGAAUUGAAAGGAAAAAAAAACAAACACUCUUCUCUCUCUUCGAUUAUUUCAAACGGACUCUCGGAUUUCGCCAUUCGCCUGCCGUCGAUCGCCCCGCCCCGACGGCCGCCGCACCAUCCAGCCACCUCCGCCCGCACAGCCGUACUCCACUCCUACAGCCUUGUUGCGUGCCCUUUGACUCUUCUAGACUAAAUUCUUAAGUUUACCCCAUAUACAAUAUCUACGAGUAAGAAGAAAUGGGUAGAUGUUGAACACCCAGAAUAUGUCGAGUUUAUGAAAAGUAUCGCGGAAGAUGAUUCAGAUCCUUGGUAUGUUGAACGCGCCAAGGAAAUACUGGAAUCAGAUUAUUGUGAGCCUCGUAAUCCUCAUAUUCCAGCAUCUCCUUUGUUCGAGUUGUCGUCUAUCAAAAUCUCCAGGAACUUGUUUCUAGAUAUGGAUGUGAGAAAGGGAUAUGUUAAUGAUGUUCGGGGACUCAAAUUUGGUGUUGUAAUUGAAUUCUAUGGUCAUAUUAGAUUGGUUGAUGACAAUGGAAAUGUGUUUACCCUCUUCAAGUUAGAUCGCAAAGAUGCCAAAACCAUGGUUUUGGAAGAUACUUUCUCGCUCAUUCUUCGAAAAUCUCAACUAGGUACCCCUCGAUGUCUUCCAAAACACCUUGGGCUACAUAUUUUACUCAAAGAUAGGAUCCGAGAUGUUGUAUUCUGUGAAGAUUGGGCGUUCUUAUAUUUCUCUGAGGGUGAUUGUAACGACUUAAUGCUAGACACAACCUAUUUCAGUGAUCCUAUUCCUGAAAGCCCCUUUAGAAGUGCCCUUAAAAUAAGCUGCACAAUAUCAUAUUGUGCAUUACUUGCUUGUGUAAGUGUUACUUUUCUUAGUGUUGUAAGUGGAAGUGAUCAAAUUGAUUCCGAGGAAGUGAAAUUGAAACUUGGAGCAUCAAUUAUACUUGGGAAUAGGAAAGUGUUCCAUGAGCUUCUUGACGAGUCUUUGAAUUUAAAAUUUGGGGUUUCUACUGAGUUGUGUGUGUUAGCUGUGCCAGCAUACUCGCCAUUACAAAUCUUAGCUGAUUUGAAAUUCGAUGGUGAAGAGACUAUUGUAAGUGAAUUGGAAUUCAUUCCAGUGGAUACACGUUAUGGGGACGAGUAUGAAAAGGAAAUUGUUGGGCAAAAAUGUAAGAUGUUAGUGAAUGUGACUUGGAAGCAUGCUUUCGAUAAGCUACCAGAAAACUAUCUUCGAGAGUGGAAUGAUGCUCCUAGUGAUGAUGAAAGUGAAGAAUUAGAUUGGAAAGAAGGGAGUAGUUUUGAGGAGAAACAAAAAAGUCUUGAGGAGCUCAUGGAGAUGACAUCCAAGGAAACUGGUGUUUAUAUUCAACCACAGCUACAAUCAUUGUGCGAUAAAAAGUGGCUCACAAAUUCCUGCCCCGAAGAGCUUGUGGAGUUAUUUUGUGUUUCCAUUUGUUCUUUUGAUGACUUAGGUGAUGUUUUGAGUCUCACCGGAGAAAUGGAUGCAUAUGAAAUCACUGAAAUCAAGAAUUGCUUUAGUGUACACGAGUUGGAAGUUGGCAUCUUAUAUCCGCAACUAUCUCAAUAUUGUAUCACAGCUCCUAACUUUGGUAUGUUUUUUGAUUUGGAGGAUGCUAAAGGUCAUCAAAUCAGCAGAGGAUUUUUGGAAUAUAGUGAAAGGAUUCUGCCCGAGUAUAAUAGACGUUUGUGCUCUAUAGUUCCGGGUAAACACGGUUAUGCGGCCGCAUAUUAUACAGUAUUUCAGGAUGCAACACAAGCUAGAGUAAAAUUUACAUUAUUGACGCCUGAGAAAGGAGGUGAAUGUCGUGUUUGUGGGAGUAUUAAUGGUAGGUAUAGCAACUACAAUUACUCCACCAACUAUGAGAAGAACUACUUUCAAAGUAUUCUUUAUGAAAAGGGCAAGUCUGUGUUGGUAAAGGGUGGUGAUGAACUACCUUUGAGAAAAUCUGUGAUUGCUGUGCCAUCAAUUGCUUCACUUAUUUUAAAAGUUGAUUUGAGUAUUUUGGUUAAGGGUGAGUGUGUUGAAACAAUAAGGGGUAAGGUAUCAUUCAAGCCUCGAGAUUGUGAUACCGAAGAUCUCAAUGAGCAACAGAUAAUCAACGGGUUGAAUUCAUCGUCAACCUAUUGUUUAUUAGUCUAUGUGGUAUGGGGUUAUCAAGAAUUUGUCCAGAAAUUUGAUAAUUGUAGCAUUUCUUCUUAGCAACAAUUUCACCUCUAUUGUUGUUAUUAGUGUCUUCUAUAUGAUAUCAAUGACUUAUUACAAGUUUUAUUUAUGUACUAUAAUUUUCUUAUUCUAGUUGCAGUUGGAUUAUCAAUAUUUGUGUUAUAAUUUUUUUUUGUUUGUUCACUAUGUUUUUAUUGUACGAAUUAUGCGUUAGAAUGGUAGAUGAAGACCUAAUUGAUGUGGGUUACCCCGUACCCCGUAUCAGAGUUUUCUUCGUCUAAAUUUGUAAGGAAUGACCCCUAACCAAAGCCCCAGUUCAUAGGGUGGUUAAAGUUGAAUGUUUUUUUUUUUUUUUGACAUGAAAAGUUGAAUGUUCCAAGUGCUUGAAAUGUUAUAAAACAACUUCUUCAGGUAAUGACCCACCUAACUAAACACAUACUCAACCUACUAAAAACCUUGAUUAGAUUGUACAAGCAUGCUUAAGCUUACAUGAUGAAAGAUAAUCUUUAUUUCUUUGCAAGAGUCUAAAAGUUAUUUUCAGGUUUCGGCAAGAGCAUGGUUUAUUAAGGGCUUCCAGUUAAUGGGGAAGAAAUGAUUGGUGAAGGAAGCUCAACUCAACCUUUGUUUGUUUGAUCAAGAGGUUUAAGUUUGUAGUGCCAUACUGUGAAAAGCAAUAAAAGGAUCUUAAAGUUGCUCUUCAGUUAUGAGUCGUGGGCUUCCGCAUUUAGAGACCAUAUUGUUCAUGGUCA